AUGCCAGGCUCAUUGUUGAGUGAGGCAGAUGUAAAAGAGAAGAUUAUUGUGCUGGAGGAGAUUUUGAUUGGAAAGGAAUCUGUGAUAGAGUCUUUAUUGCAAGAGAAUGAGUUACUGAAAUCUAAAAUUGAGUCCAAUAAUGAUGGUCAUGUUAGGAGUGAUUUACCGGUGCCUGAGUAUGACGUCCUGACAUCUGUUGAGCAGUACAAAUCUAAAUUAGACGAGUUUGAAAGUGCCUUAAGACUGAGGGACAAUACUAUAAAGCAGUUGAGACAAAAAGUAGAGCUGAUGACAAAGAACAGGGAUGAUGUACAGUCCGAGUACACAACACAGAUAGACCAACUGACUUCCGACGUACAUACACUGCAGUCUCAAUUGAAAGAGGCUGGACAGUGGCUGGACACAAAAUUAGGCGAGUCAUCUGCCAUGGCUCUACAGGGGGCGAAGAAUGAGAUCUUGGCUUUGCAGAAGUCCUGCCUGCAGAAGGAACAGCAAAUGAAGUCGCUGCAGGAGGCAAUCAACCAGCGUGAUCUCGCCAUGCAACUGCUCAUACUGCAGAUUAAUGAGGUGAACAGCAAGUACACCAGCGUCUGCAUCGAGGUGACCACACUCGAAGAACAGUUGGUCGAGAGGAAUGUUGAGAUCAUCAUGUUGCAGGAGAGUAUCAAGAGGAGAGAUAUGGAGGAGAGUCGUGAGAGGGUUGAACGUGAUGAAGUGCUGGAUGGUAUAGAGAAAUGUACAAAGUCACUGCCCCAUCAAGCUGUUGUUAAUUCGCUGGUGGCCACUGAAGCAACAUUACAUGUGCCUGACAAUGAGGCAUUCAAUAAAUUACUGAAUGACCAGCUUGCUGCUCUGAGGGCUGAGUUGGAUGAGUUCUAUGGGCAGGAAAUCUCAAAAAUAAAAGAAACCUGGUCAGAUGAACGAAUGAACGAGAGUAGAAAAAUAGCAGAAGAGAUAUCAAGGUUGGAAGAGGAACGCAUGAGGUAUAUGCAGCAGGCAACGAUGUGGCAACAGCAAUAUGUUCUGUUGAGUCAGCAGAAUAUCUCAAGCUCAGAUCUCGUUCAACAGGUCAGUGAAAUGACCACUGAAAAUAUUAGGCUGAAUCAACUAGUUGAUCAGUUAAAUGCCCAGAGUAAGAUUUUAUUGAGGCAAUCUUCACAAAACUUCAACAAACAACAAUCGCAAUUGUUCUCAUCAUCAGCAUCAUUGCAGCCCUCUAGUCAACAUUCAAAACCUGAAAUUGACAAGCAAUCUUCUAACAUUGAGUUGCAGAUGUUGAGGGAGCAGUUAGAAAUGUUGAAGAAUGAAAGAGUUGAUGUGAUGGAUGUGUUCUCAAGAAAAGAGCAUCAGAUGAAAGAGAUGGAGAGUAAGAUUGCAGAGUUGAGUGAUGAACUGAACAGAUUGAAAUCUACAAAAGAUGUGGAUGGAAAAGAGGAUGUUGGAAGAGAGGAAGAGCACUUGAUGAUUUCUCAUUUGCAAAUCAGUAUAGCAAAGAAUGAACAGCACAUUGGAAGAUUGACAGAUGAGAAGAACAAACUGGUGAAUGAAGUAGCGGCCUGGCAGAAGCAGUACAUGUUACUCAGUCAACAAAAUGUAUCAAGUGCUGAUUUGGUUGAGCAGAUUAGUUUAUUAGUCACAGAAAAUAUACGACUAAAUCAGCUGGUUGAUGAACUCAACUCAAAACUCAUCGUCAGCUCGUCCAAUACACCAAAGAUGAAAGCUUUUGAUAAAACUCUAUCUCACUACAAUGAUGGUGAACAUGAUGGUGACGUUGUCAGGAAGGCAUCAUCAGCAACCAUUGAUGCAUUACGUUAUCAGACAGGUGAUAAUUUCAGCGCUGAUCUCGCUUCAAAACGGUGCAUUGAAGAUCUUGAGAGUCUAUUUUUCACUAGAGAACAAAUGGAUGAGGAGGUCAGUCGAAAAAUUUCAGCACUGAGAGCUGAACUUGAGGAAGAUUUUGCGGAGAAUGUUAAAAGAAUAAAAACUGAACUGACUGACAAGCACGAGCUGGAUGUUGAUAGACUCAACAACGAACUUGCCACAGCUAUCAAAGUGAAGCACAAGUUUCUGGAGGAAGCGACAACAUGGCAGAGGCAGUAUGUGAUGUUGAGUGAGCAGCACAUCAAUGAUGGUGAGGUCGUGGAGAGGUUGAAUGCUCUCGAUGAUGAGAAUCAAAUGUUGAGAUCGAAAAUUGAAGAACUUGAGUUGAAAAUAAAAAAUGCAGACACUGUUUCAAACGAUGUCGUUGUGAACUAUGAGAACAAAAUAAAAUUACUGAGUGCUGAUUUAGAGAAAAUGAAGAUCGUCUCAGUUGAGUUGGACAAAUCAUUGAAAGAAGAAAGUGAACUUAAGUUGAAAUACCUGAACCAAGUAAGAAGCCUUGAGGGAGAGCUAGUGCAAGUACAAAGGGAAUUUCAUCAAAAACAAGUUUCACAACAUCACCAGGACGAACAACUCUCCAGACAGCAGCAACAACAACAACAACAACAAUCAGAUGAAGAACAUUUGUUGCUCAUUAAGCAACUGCAACAAUCUGAUGAAAAACAUUUAUUGCUCAUUAAACAACUGCAGGACCAACAUCUCCUGGAUGUUGACCAGCACAACGAAUUAUUGCUACAACUUUCUCAAAUCAAUCAGUCUCAUGAUUUGGAAAUUAUUAAAUUGCAAGGUUAUUACGAUCAAAUGAUGGUUCAAUUGAAGAACAAACUUGAUGAAGAGCAUCAACAAACGUUGGAACGACAAAUCAAGCAAGAUGAACAAAGACUUGAUGCGUCAAAUAAACAGUUGGAACAACUUCAACUUCAGUUGCUCGAGCUGACGCAACAACAAAAUAUACAAAUAGCUCAGAAACAGCGGGAGUAUGAAGAUGAACUGAAAGAAUGGCGACACGAGGAGGAAAGGCUGAAGAAAGAGAAUGCUCAACUUUUGGAUGGAUUGCUGGAACAUUUGCAUAAGUUCAAUAAACUUGAGUUACAACAUAAAGAACGGUUGAACAGUUUUCAACAUCGGAACGACGAAUUUCUUAACCAGGUAAAUCAAAAAGAACAAGAAUGUAAUCAACAACUACAACAAAAUAAACAACUUGUUGAAGAUAAUCAACAACUACAGCAAUUAAUCAAUCAGCUGAAGCAACAGCACGACAAUCAGAUCAACAAAAUGCACCAAGACCACCAACAACUGCUCAAUGAAAUGCAACAGCGAUAUGAUCAGCGGCUCAGAGAGUCUAAGGAAGAAAUGCAGAAAGUCCAUGAAGAGAAACUUGAAGAAGAGAAACAACUGACCAGCCGACUGAAGCAACAAAAUGACCAACACAUCAGGAGACUAACUGAGGAGAUGCAGCUCUUCAAAACAAUGCAUUCGUCUCAGAUUGAUGCCUUGAAACUGGAUAACAAACAUGCACAGGACACUAGCGAGGAAAUGAUUAAAUCAUUGAGUGAAAAAAUUUUGCUGUUAGAAAGUGAUUUGUUUAAAAAAUCAUCAGUUAUGAGUGAGAUGAAUGAGAGUGCAGAUGACCAUGCACAACGUACACGCAAACUGCUUGCUGAAGCACAAACGAAAUAUGAACUUCAACUGAAAGAUGUUAAUGAAUCUAAUCAAAAGCAUGCAGAUCAACUACUUGCCACCAUUGAUUCAUUGAAAGCUGAAGUUGACUCAAUACAUUUGAAAUAUAAAAUUGAAUUUGAUCAGAUGAAUGCCAAACACGAAGCUAAUCUCAGAGAAAUUCAACUCAUUCACGAAGGUGAGCUCAAUCAGCUGAGACAGUCCCACCAAUCGGCCAUGGAUGGAUUAGAGUUGAACAUGAACAAACUGAAUGAAGAUUUAUCGAAAGUUUCAAGUGAACGAGACUCUGUUAUGGAUUCACUGCAAAACAUCUAUAGGGAUAGGGUUGAAUUGAAGCAAUCUUUGGAUAAAAUCACGCAAGAACGAAAUAACUUGGAGAAAAAAUUGAAAAAACUGGUCGACAAGGACAAGUUUCUAUCCAUUGUGAAGUCAAAGCAUGACAAGAGGGACGUUGAAGACGCUAGUGAUAGCGAGAACACCUGCAGGGCAGAUGAGGAGAACAACAGGUUUACUGAAUGUAGAGUUGAUACUAAGCAAUCGGUACCUACACUUUCUGAAAAUGAUUCUAAUGCUGAUAAACUUACAGUCGUUACUAAAGAUUUAAACCAGAGAGUUCAACUCGCCAGGAAAAAUGUUUCAUCAGCGCCUCAAUCAUCUUUGCGGCAGAAUUCAUUCUCAUCACAUCCUUCUCUGGCGGCGUCAUCAAUUUUCCUUGAACAAAAAUAUCACCAGUUAUCCGGUGAUAUUAUAAAGCUGAAAUCUUUUGUAGAGUUGAUUGACUCGCGGAUUUUGAAAUUAAAUAAAUUACUAGCAAAUUGUAAAGUGAAUAGAUCAAAUUUAAUUCCUGCAUCAAACGUUCAGGGCGUUGAACAAAGUGAAAAUAAAGUUACUGUGAAUAACAUUAACGAUAACAAGAUAUCAGAAAGUGAUUAUUAUUAUUUCAAUAAACUAACAAUUAAACUAAAGCAGUCUAAGAAAGCCAGGUCCAAUGCUAUGAGACAAAUUGGUAUGAUAAGUAACCUGCUACUUCUACUGAAACUACCGAACACAGCAGAACAGGCUAGCGAAGUAUUCACCUUUGAAGAAGCUUUUAAACAACUGGACGAAGACUGCGUGAAAAUACACGACGAUGACGACAACGAUGAUUAUGAUUACGAGGAUGAUGAUGAUGAUGAUGAGGAUGGUAAUUUUAAUAAUAAACCUAACUUAACAAAUGAAAACUUUUCAUAUGACAAUGUUUCUACUGUUGAAGUUGUGGAUAAAUUUUCUGUUGAAAAUAAUAAUGUUGCGGUAGCUGAGAAUGACAAUGACGAUCCCAUAUCAUAUCAACAACAGCAGCCACUGAAUUCCAUCGAAACAUCGCUCCAUCCUCAUCAUCAACAUGAUGAAGAUGAAGAUCAGAGCCCAACUGUAAUGAUAACAGAAAGUAGGCUGGUGGAGAUUGAAAGUUUGAGGGCAUCUCUUGCUGAUGCUAACGAACGAAUUAAAAUUUUAACCCUAGAAAGGGAAAAUGAUAUAACGGAGUUUAACAGUAAAAUUUCCGACAUGUUAUCUGAACAGCAGGGUAUAAAACUUGCCGUGCGUGAAAAUAUUCAUGCUCUGAAUGAAAAAAAAUCAUUGUUAACUGAAAAACUGAAACUAUCUGCAUCAACUAUUGAGAACCUAAUUCAGGAACAGAGUAAUUUGAUAAACAAUCAUGAAAAGGAAAAGGCAAAAUUAAAUGUUGAACAUUUGAAGUUAAGAAACGAACUGACAAACAAAGUUUUUGAGUUAGAAAAUGAAUUGAAACUUGUAAUUUCAAAUGCCAAAAAACAAUCUGUGGAAGACAAGUUAAAAGUGGAAACAUUGGAAAGAGAAAAAUUAAUGCUGGAGCAGGAUUUUGUUAGUGAGCUGGAUGGAAAAAGCAAGGAGUUUGAUAGUCGAACGAGAAAUCUUAGAGAAAAUUAUGAAGCUGAGAUAGAACAGUUCAGGAAAAAAUGCACGAAACGAGAUGAAGAUUAUUUGAAAUUAUCUGAUGAGUUUGAGUUGUUACAGCUAGAUAGAGAUAAACUUCUCAAACAAAUCAGCAGUAUCAAGCAGGAAGAUGCAAAGUCGUUCUCACAGCAGCAACAACAUUUUCCAUCAUUAAAUUUCAAGCAGCAACGCCAGCAACCACAACAUCCGCAGCAGCAACAACCACAACUAACUGAAAAAGAAAAUAUUGAUGAAACAUUGAUGAUGAGGUUGAAUUCUUCUCGGGAAGCCAAGGAAAGUCUGCAAACUAAGUUGAAAAAAGUUGAACAGCAGUUGGAAAAUGUUGAAAGCGAGAAUGUAAAACUCAACAGUACAAUCUCUAUGUUAAAUAGUGAACUUAAUUCUCUGAAUUCGUCAAAGCCCACCUUAGUAACGGUCGACACAGGCACAGAAACAUCUGCCAUUGAACCGUCGUCAACAAACAUCACCAACGUUACUGGGACUUGUAACACUGUUACUUCAUCCUCAAAACUGGUGGACUCGUUACAACAAGAAAUCAGCUUUCUAAAGAACUCAAUUGAACGUUUGACAAAAGAAAAAGACCAGCUACUAAUUCACGUUGUUAGCAGGAAUCAGACUCUGGAACUUGAUUAUUCCAACAUGGAUUUGCAACACAACGAUGAUGAAGAAGAGGAGGAGGGCAGUCAUGACGAUCGAUACAUUGAUCCGAAGGUGAAGUUGUUGGAAGCUGAAAAGGAAUUGUUGGCCAGCAUGUUGGAAAAGGUGAGUGUGGAAAAUGAGAAGCUACUGUCAUAUUUGAACGAUCAUUCGGAUGCUGCAUUGAACGCUGGUGCCGUCAGAGGUGGGAUUGCCUACAAUAAUGAUAAUGUUAUUUUCAUUAAUGAUCUUGAAUCUUUGAAGUCUUCGUUGUUGGAUGAACAGGGGCAACAUGUAUAUGUACUCAGUGAACGACAUAUGGAAACGUUGAAGUUGAAACUGCAAGAAUCAUUUCCUAAGAGAGUUGAUGACAAGGAUUGCCAAGUUAUGUUGGAGACACAUGAAAGAAAUAAUUCAGCAUCUGGUUCAGCAGAGUUGCACCUUGACGUCGCAUCAGUCGUUGCAUCACAUUCAGAACUGGCAGAUGUUGCUGAUGCUACCACUCAGUUUGACAUCACAACUUCAAGCAACAAGUAUACUGAGACAACUAAUCCAUCGUUAUCGUUGAGCAAAAAGUCUACUGAGACAACUAAUUCGUUAUCAUCAUCAAGCAACAAGUCUACUGAAACAACUAAUCUAUUAAUGUCAACAGCAGCUUCUCAAACGAAUUUGUUGGUUCUCACAAACUCCUCUACAUCAACAACAUCAGCAAGUUGCAGACACUCCACUAUGCAAACCGAUGUUGCAGCAGUUGUUGAUGGUUCAACAGUGGCAGAUACAUGGCAUGGAGAUUUUUCCAAUGAAAUUUUAGAACGAGCAUUUAUCAUGGCAGCGUUAUCAGCAACAUCAUUAGCAACAACAUCAACAACAACAACAGCAGCAACAUCAUUAGCAACAACAUUAACGUCAUCAGCCACGGAAUCAGCAUCUGAAAUAGCUAACGAACAACAAAUUAAACUUCGGAAUAUUAAGAAAGCCAGGGUUUUGAAGAAUAAAAAACUGCAAGAAAGAGAGUUACAACAGCAGCAACAGCAGCAGCAACAACAACUACACCAACAGCAGUUGAAUGAUACAAACAUCAGCCAACAACAACACAUAAAAGAUUUAACAGAUGAAGUGAAUUCUUUGAAGAUCGAAUUAGAUGAAAUGCAAAAAAAGUACAACGAAGCUAUAUCUACAAUUACCGUACUGCAAAUCAACGAAAUGAAGGCCACAAAUGAAUCCUUAAAAGAGCAGAUAGGCGCACUGAUGACCAACAAGAGUGAGUCCGAUAUUCAGAUAUACGCCUCACGGACUGAACUACUUGACCAAAAAAAACAACUUGAACAAGAUGUACAGAAGCUGUCCGAUGCGUUACAUGGAAUGGAGAUGGAUAGAAACGAACGUUUUAUUCAAGUGAGCACUUUGGAAUUAAUUCUGCAGGAAAUACAUUCAGAAAACAUGAAAUUGAAAGAUGAAUUGUUAGUUGUAAAUGAGAAAGUUAAUCAAAUGAAUGGUGAAUUGAUUGAGAAAGAUAACCAAUUGAAUGUGAAGGGUAAAGAGAAUGAAAAUUUAUCACAUUUGAUUAACUCUUUAGAGGAGCAAGUAUUGAGACUGACUGCUGAUGUAGAUGUUCAGAAUGCUACAGUUUGUGAUCUUCAGGGUAAGAUUGCCAGGUUUGAAGAUGAUCACCAACGUAAACUUUCUGCUAGUGAAGCAAGGUAUGAAAGCGAAUUGGAUUCAUUACAAAAUUAUUGUAACAGUCUGUGGAUCGCAGACGAAAAACGUUUAUUUGAUUUUAAAUUGAAGGUAGAAAAGUUGGAAGGUGAAAAACUGGAUUUGGGAGCACAAUUAAAAGAAAGUGAAUUGAACAACGCAGACCUGACUAAUCAGAUUUCAUUACUCUCUGAGAAAGUUAAAGAGAGAUGCUCUCUUAUAGAUAACUUGACUGAUCAAAUUAAGAAUUUAAAUGAACGACUACUUGAAAAAGAUAACAAACUCCGUGCAUAUGUGGAAGAUUUAAAUGGAAAAGAUGCAGAAAUCACGGCGAUAAAAAUAAAAUUAGAUGAAUUAAACGAGCACCUAUCGAACAAAAUCAACAUCGUAAAUGAACAAUCGUCAUCACUUAACGCUUGCGAACUUGAAUGUAAGAAGUUGCAGUCGAAUAUGUAUGAAACUGAGAAUAUGCUCAAGCAAAAAGACGAGAAAUUGUUGAUGCUUAAUCUUAAAAUUAAUGAACUAAACAGUAACAUCGCAGAGAAUAAGAUUGAAAUUGAUAGACUGAAAGUUUCAAAUGAAAGUAUCGUUGCCGAAAAAAUGGAACAAUUGAAAGUUAUAGAUAAUUUGAGCGAUCUUAAUAAACAUUUAGUGGCAGAGAGUGAUGGAUUAAAGUUAAAAAUAAUCCAGUUAAGUUCUGAACUAGUUGGGGAAGUAGUUGACAAUGAAACUAAACAAAUUGAGAAGGAGUGUCAUUAUGAAAAAAUAAUAUCGGAACUGAAUGACAAUAUGAAGGCUUUGCAAUCUGAACAUGGAUUAACAACGGAUGCUUUGAGAACAGAAAUCCAAACUCUUCAGAAAUUAUUUUCCGGUGAGAAGACUGAACUGAUGAAUGAAUUGAUGGAGUUGAAGAUUGAAAGGUCAAGGUUAGAUCAGGGUUAUGAUGAGAAGGUCAGAGCGUUAGAGCAUGAAAAUCAUUCAAAAGUAAAUGAAAUUAACAUGAUUAGGAACGAACUCGAAUAUGAAAGAAAUGCCAAAUCUGAUUUGUUGGCAAAAAUGAGCUUAAUCAACGAGAACGUAAAUUACCAUCAUAAAACCUACACGGAAAGUUUGGAGCUAUCUAAUGCAGAAGUAUCAACCUUGAAAAGUUUACUACAAGGUAAAGAUGAUCAACUAUCAGAUUUGACACAACAUAAAAUAAUGCUCCAUGAAGAAAUCACUGAUCUUCAAAAUCAGUUGAAAGCCAGUCAAUCGAUGGAAUAUGAACAUAAUAUGAAACUAUACGAACUGAAUGAGUAUUGUACUAUUAUGCAGUUACACCAUUCAGACAAUGCGAAUGAAUUGCUUCAGGAAAUUGAAUCUUUGAAAUUUAAACUCUUGUCCACAACAGCGGAAUAUGAAGCAGAGAUGAACAUUUGGAGAGCCAAAUAUGAAGAAGAGAAAUUGUCGUUAAGUGAGGUGUUGGAUAAACAGAGCAUCUUACUAAAAGAACACAGUCUUGAAUUAGCAGAACGUGAUGAGUCUAUUCAAUCGUUACAUAAAGAAUUAACAGGCUUCAAACAGGAAGUGACCUCACUGAUUGGAGUCAUUGAAUCCUUGAAAGAUGAUUUGAUGAUGGCAACCAGGAAUGAAGCGGCAAAGUUGACAGCGCUUCAGGAGCAGCUUGAAUGCUCUUCAAAGGAAGCUGCUCAUGAAAAGCAACAACUGAUUGAGGCUCUCAAAGAUGAGUUGAUAGAAUGCAAAUGCUUCAAUGUGAAGCUGGAAGAUAGUGUUGAACAUUUAAAAAAUCAGCUCUCAGGUUCAAAUCAACAAAUAAGGGAUUGUGAAAAUAAGUGUCAGUUACUGAUGUAUGAGUUGUCAGAUUUCAAAAGAAGCAUAUCAGCCAAAGAUGAACAAGUGAGAGAAUUAGAAAUUGAAAUCUUAGACAGUUCUGUUAAGUUCCAAACUCUGGAAUUAAAAAAUAAGAACCUGACCGAUAAAUUGAAAACGUUACAAGCUGAAUACGAGCUACUCGAACAAACGUGCAGACAUGAGAAGCAGCAGCACAAAGAAAUCUGCGCCAACGUUCAAAAGCAAAUGAUGGACAUUACGAAUGAACUGAUAUGCGAACGAAAUCUGACCUCCAGCUACAAAGUCGAAGUCGGUAGAUUAAACGCAGAGAUUGUUCAACUGAACAGCAAAAUAACUGAGCUUAUGAGAAAAUCAAACGAGAAUCAUGCGGGGCGUAAUAAUUACAGUGAGGACAUGAAUGGGUGUGAUGGUAACGUCAAAAAUGUCAGCAGAGUCAACCAGACGAAACUAUCGAGGCACAAAGAAAAUGGAUGCGCAUUAAUACACAUUGACAGGAGGGUUGAGAUGGUAAAAAAGGGCAGACAUGUUGUAUCCAUGGUGUCGGAAGCAGCGUCAACAGCAUUCACGGCAAGUAACAAUGAUGUGGCACCGACACUUGAAGCAUCAUCAAAAACACAAGAUUCAGCCUCGGCAGACAACAACAACCUGCUAGCAUCACUGAAGUCUGCCAGACUGGAGCACGCAAAACUGUUGAAAAUUAAAAAGCAGCAAGAAAAGCAGAUAGAGAAGUUGAAAAAUGAUCUGCUGACAGUUGAUAUAAAUGUCAAAAAUCUAUCCAUGGUCAACAAUGAUUUAAUCUCGCAUAACGAGGAGUUGAAGUUCCAGUUAAACUCCCUGCUAGCAGCUGAAAAGAACGUUCCAGAAUCAACAGCAGCAGCAGCAACGGAUGUUUCAUCAUCCAACGCGAAGAUGACUGUGGCAGUGUGUGAUGACUCAUCUGGUCAUCGUCAGGAUGAUGUCAAUGACUUAAUUGAAGAUAGAUCAUUUCUAAGCGCCUCUACGACCAACGACAACAACGAAGGUUAUCGUCUCAGCAACGACAACAACGAAUCAACCAAACCACACAGCAGCAACGUUUCCCAUGCUGACAAUAAAUCCCUUAACAGAUGCAAAAAUUCCACCGAUGCUAACAACACCAACGGGAAUAAUAACGUACACAACUUUUAUAAACUGACAUCAUAUCACGAGAUAAUAAACGCUGACCUGAUUAAUGAUAGCGAUGACGAUGAUGAUGAAAAUGUUACAAACACUGCUGGUCUUGCGGUUGAAGAUGGUAGUAUUAGUAAUACUAAUGAGGAUAAUGAUAAUGAUGUCCAAACAGCAGCAGCAGCAUCUCCAGACGUUGUUACCAAUCAAUCAGAAGUAAAGGAAAGAUUGCAAGAAGAAAAUUUGUCUCUUACAGACGCACUGUUCGUCAUGCAAAAUAAACUGUUAGUUGCCAACACCAAAAAUAAACAGCUGAUUGAAAAAUUAGACAAGUUGGAAGAUCAACUGUUGGCUGUCCUCGAUGAGGUUAACAAGAAAGAUCAAGAAUUAUUACUGUUGAAAAGUGAACUUAAGUCAAAAGUUGAUAGUGGUGGCAGUGAUGGGGGUAACAAAGGAAAAGAGAUGUUAGGCAAUGGUGAUGCUGGGAGUGGUAUCAAUAACCUUCCUAGUGAUGCUGUCACUGCUGACGAGAGUGAUGCCGAUCUGAAAAAUUAUGAACUGGUGGCUCUGAGAGAGGAUAACAUGAGACUUGAGGAGAAGGUUGAUGAGUAUGAGAUGUUGGUCUAUCAGCUGCAACAAACUAUCCACGACAUGCAACAACAAACUACUAAAAAUGAACAACAGCAACCAUUAAUUGAUGAUGAGAUUAACACGCUGAAGGAAGAAAACGCAAAGUUAAAACAUGAAAACGAGCAAUUAACUUAUCAAUAUAGACAGCUGAAUCGAGAAUUUAACAAGCAGUCCAACGCCUCGAGCACUUUAGAUGAUGCCGAUGAACUCAACUUCAACAACAGCAACGGCCAACCCAUUUAUGCAACAACUGGUUGUCUUGUUUUGGCAGCCAACAGUGCAAGUUGUGAUGUCUCUAAAAGCAUAUUUAACGAUGCGAACAACUCUAGUAACAGUGUCGAAUUAGGAGCUGAUGUCGCCACCACCAGUGCAGCAGCUGAAUUAUAUUAUCGUGACAUCAAAUCGCCUGCAUCAUUUUCCGGGUCGGAAACUUUCUUGCUGUCGGACGAUGGCCACAUGUCCUGUUCAGAAAUGGACGAUAUGUACGGUAAGCUGCAAGCUCUUCAAGCUGAAAAUGAAAAGUUGAGGAUGAUUAUUAACAACGGCAGAUGUAAACUUGCAGAUGAUGACGGAGGUAUUAACUUGUCGAUGUUGACGACAAAUACAACUUCACAAUGCGUCGCAUCGACGUCAUCCAUGUUGUUGCUACCAUCAAAUUUGAGUCUGUCGUCACCGCAAAUCGGUCAAAAUGUCGAACAGGAUGAGUUGAGGCAUGCGUCGGCAUCAUCAGCAGCACUGAAGCACGUUCAAGAUUACAGCAUGAGCAGUCUCGACUCGUCAUCAACUGCUGCUACUUCUUCAACUUCUGAAAAAAUUAGGAAAUUCAUCAUGGCCACGACGACUCAACAACAACAACAAUCGCCUAACUCACAACAAAUUCAACAACUGCAACUGUCGCCACCGCAACAACCACAGCUGCAGCUGCAACAUUCACCUCGCAGACCGUCGUCGUCAUCUUCAUUGAAUGCAGAAAGAUUCCUGGUACUAACACCCAGAUCACUGACUACUUCGACGACGGACUAUCAACUGGAGAUUGAACUCUCUCGAAACAAGACCAUCGAUGACUACAUUUUCUUACAAAUCGACUUCAGAAAGUUCAAACAAAAAGCUCGCUGCGAGUAUACGAAACUAAAAAAUCGCCUGGUCGAAACUCUGAAAGACUACAACAUGUUGAGACUGAAGUACAGAGACCUCUGUGAUAGCGUAACAUUUCAUUCGCUGGUCGACGCCAACCUCAUGACUACUGAAAAUAAUACUCUAAGGAGACGAGUUGAACACCUCGAGAAGCUUCUUGAAACUAAUAAAAAUCUGCAGGCCAUUGAAUAUUCCAUCAUUAACGUUGGUCAUGAUCUUGGGCGAGGUGGUGAGAAUAAUAAUAAUAAUAAUAAUAAUAAUAAUAAUAAUAAUAAUAAUAAUAAUAAUGAUAAUAAGAGCGACAACGAUGAAAAUUAUAAUUACAAUAUUUCUGAUGAUGAUAAUGCUGAUAAGGUUAACGUUGAUGGUGAUUCUCUAGACAAAGUAGUUGCUGAAAACCAGAUGCUGGUAACGACUGUUAAUGUUUCAAAUGAAGCUGUGCCAGCCGCUGCUGAUGCUGCUGACACUGAUAAUGAGAAAGAGAAAACUGAGGUAGAGGAUUGGCCAGAGAGAAUAAAAAUUUUAGAAUCUGAGUUGACGCUACUAGAGCAGAAGUGCAGACAGUUGAAACAUAGAAACAGCGAACUUGAAUCUUUAUUAUUAUCAUCAACAUCUUCAACAUCAUCUGAUGAUAAAGAACAUAUACAGUUUGAAGUAUCUACCGCCAUAUCAUCGUCGUCACCAUCAUCCAUUUUGCAUACGACCACAACUACAGCAGCCACAACGUCUGCGGCCACAGCCUCAACCACAACAGCCGCAAGAACGACUUAUGACGUUUCUGUGACGACUGACUCCAUUAAUAGCAUCCAAACAGCUGAUGAUUACACCCAAACUACUAUUGAUGAUGAUGGUAAUGGCGUGUACAUUAGUAAUAGUAGUAGUGGUAGUAUUGGAGUCAAGGAUGAAGAUGAUGAAGAUGAUGAAGAUGUAGAGGUGGGUGAUGAUCGAAAUAAAGAUGGGGAUAAUAAUGAUGGUGUUGUUGUUGUUGGAGGUGAUGGUGCUGUCGCUCGCGAACGACAGCCACUACAACUUGCUAAUUCUAAAAGUAGAACUAGAAGAAGAAACAAACACAGCAAGCACCCAUCUACAUCAACGUCUAACAUUCAAACGACCAGAACAUUGACAUCUGCCACAGCAACAAAAUCAACAACACAACACCAUUCUACCAUCGCGACACACGCAACAACAAUUACAUCAACUUCAACAAAAAUUGCAUCAGCUUCAACAACAAUUACAACAGCGUCAAACAUCGCAGCGAUAGCUACUACAAAAACGCCUUCAGAACCAUAUCCAACAACAUCUCUGAUAACCACAACCACCACCACAGCCACAACCACAAACAACGACAUCAACCAGAGCCUAGAUAGAUUCAAAUUUUUAAACUGCCCCACUUGUAAAGAUAUGGAAAGAGAGUGCAUACAACUGCAAAAGCAGCUGAUAGAGUUGGAAGAGAAGCUACUACUCAUACAGCAGCGUGACGCUGUCGUUGCAGAUGAUAAUUACUAUGAUUCACGUGAAAAAGAUGCCAAUAACGAUGACGAUGAUGGUGGUGAAGAUGGUGAUCAUGACGUCAUAUCUACACCGCAUGUUCGGGAUAAGAUGGCGGGUGAUGGCGAUAAGAUAGCGGGUGAUGGUGGUAAGAUGGCGAGUGAUGGUGAUAAAAUGGCGGGUGAUGGUGAUAAAAUGGUGGGUGAAUUCAAUAUCAUAGAAUUUGGUGAUGGGAAUGAUGAUAAUGAGGAUCGUCGUUGUCAUCUUCAUCGUCGUUCUAGCCAGCAUCGUGAUCCUCUCAAGCAGACAUCCAAUAAAGCGAGUACACCGCUCAAAAAUGAGGAUAGGCCUAAAUGCGUUGGCAAAUUGAAAUCUAGAGAGACUGCUGUUGGCGAUGAGGAGGGGAGGAGGAACUAUAGAGUAGAGAGAUAUUGCAAAAGAGAGAGUGGUGAAUCAAAAACUACAAACAAAUCAUCAAAUAAUAAUAACAAUAAUGGCGGUAAUAAUAAUAAUAAUAAUAAAUCAGUAAGAAUGAUUAAGCCAAAAACAGUUACCACAAAACCAUCAAGUUCUUUUGUUUCCAAACAAAAAUCAAGUCGACCCGAUAUUAAUAAGUCAUCACUAACAUUCACUUCAUCACUAGUUCACUCAUCGUCACCAUCACUUUCAUCAUCAACUAUUCAUCCACAACCGUCGCCAUCAUCAUCAUCGUCGUCAUCAUCGUUGUUUUCAAGAACUAAAUAUACAUCAAUGACGAAAGCGUCAUCGACUUUAACGUCAAAAAUGACAUCACCCAUGAGGAAAGUAUCACCUCAUUUAUCGUCUUUGUUGACGUCAUCAUCUCCGUCAUCUAUCGUAUUUCCAUCAUCAGCAACAACAACAGCAACGACAACAACAACAACAUUUUUGGCAUCAUCAACAAAUGCUACGACGUUGCUCAACGAGUUGAAUGACUUGAAAGUAUGCUAUGAGAUAUUAUUGGACGAGAAGAACCAACUCUGUAUACGCUACGGUAGGGAGAGGCUGAUGAUGCUGAAGGAGAUGAACGAUCUGAAAGUCAAAAUGCGAGAACAUCUGGAAAACUCUCGAGAUGCAGAUGAGGAUGAUAAUGAAAGUGAUAAUAAUGAUGAAGGUGAUGGUAACGAUAAAGAUGAUGGUGGUAGCGAGUGA